GCCUACGCUUGCCCAGCGGUCAUCACGCGUGGGUGCCGGCCACGCGUGCUGCCCGGUGUGUGGCCUGCCCUGACGGGCCACAGCUGGGUGACACGGUGAAGGAAUGCAAUAACUGAGCCCCUCUUAGGGCAGGGGCUGCCAGCUCAGGGGGCCGGUCAGACCAGUUUGCCGGCACGAGACCUGGUUCUUAUGGGUGACUGCUCUGGCAUAAUGGGCAGUUACACGCGUGGCUGUAGAGCUGCCUCUCCCAGGACGUGGUUUAUGCAGGCAUGUGCCUUCCUUUGAAGCGCUAAAAAUGUUCUUGGCGUUACAGGUGUAGCAGUGCUAAGCCAGCAGCUGGAACACGCUGUACAGGGGAGCAACAGGAUCUUCCCAGACCCUCUUCUCUGCUCCUGUGUGCUUGUUGGGUACCUGUUAAAUCCUAUCCUCAGGUUGAUACUCCGUAGCCAGGUGAAGGCGGUAUCCCGAGGGAAGUCUCCCCCGAGCAGACUGGUCUCUUUUUACUAGCCUCAGCUGGCCUUGCGCAUACCUGUGCUGCGGAGGGCAUCCUCCCCCAGAAGGGCUGUAAUGCCGGGUGUUUGACCUUUGACUGGUCCCCGUGCCCCAACAAGUUCCACUUUGGCUAAUCAUCAGCAGUAAUUUGCCCCUUGGGCUAACUUCCUGUCCUGAACUGUUUGUAAAGCUGCCCUGUGCGACAGGGAGGCGAGAUGUGUGUAUAGUAGUAGAGGAAGUGAUGCCUUCCCAGGAAUCUGGGUACCUGGCUAGCUCAGUGCUCUCAGAUGCCUCUGAAAUGAGAGAGGCGAUAAGAUCUUCGUCAUGAGGAAGGGUUUUCUGUCACUCCAUUGGCUCCUUUCCGGUACUUGGGACCUGAUUGCAGUGUCCUGUGCUUAGGUGUGGUUCUGGAUGAGUCUGCUCAAUCUGAGGUGUGGAUGGUAUGAAAAUACAGGACAAGUGGCAGCAGGGGGUGAUUCCCAAGUCUGUGACAGUGCCAGGCGGUAGCUGGAGUGCCAGUCCGAGUCUGCUGUGUUUCAGGAGCUGCUCUGAGUGAUGUGACCUCAGCCUUCCAGUGCUGGUGGCAUGUGAGUGCCUCGUCUGCCAAGAAGCCAACUCGCUGUUUGAAGAGCUUUCCAGGGACACAGGCUUCAUUCGUGUCUGUAACGACCCUUCAGCGUGGAUGGAUGCCAGGGGCCUCCGGAAUUAAACUUGUUCCAGGCGUCAUGCAAAGAUCUGUGCUAGUGCCUGUGUCCUCACGGAAAGAACAAUAAUAGCUCCACAUACGGUAGGCUCCGGCAAGUGCCAACUCCCUCGAUCUCCUCCAAUGCAGGCUCAGGGAUGGACUCCACCUUGUCCCUGUGAAGAGACUCUGCAUGCUCUCAGCAGCCAGAAGGGGAUUCUGCUGCCAGCUUCUUCACAAGCUGCCCCACAGCAGGACUUGCUUAGCGGCGCCUUGGGAGGAUAUCCGUUCACGCAGUUGUGUCACUGCAGCGCCCACUGCACGCCCAUGGAGGAACCUGUGUGCGUGUUCCGUCGUCUUUGAGCUCCUCAGCCCGCCCUGUCUGAACUCACCUGGGCUCCUGGCAGACUGUUUGCUUGCUUUCCCAACUGCUCUCCCUGAUCCCGUUGCGUUCCCUCUCUUGCAGAGCCCAAAAAGGAUGUGAACUUUGGAAUGGGGUCUGUGAGCAGGCUGCGGACUUGGUGCAUGUGCAAGACUGUUGCUGAAUAACAGGAGGACUGGUUAAUCGCUGCGGGCAGCCCUUCUGUCUGGCUGCAGGGCACCAGCCUUGCCUGGCCCUUCACCAUGUUCCUCCUUCUCCCCUUUGACAGCCUGGUUGUUAAUCUCUUGGGGAUUUCCAUAACUGUCCUCUUCACUCUGCUUCUGGUUUUCAUCAUUGUGCCAGCAAUUUUUGGAGUCUCCUUUGGCAUCCGCAAGGUUUACAUGAAAACUUUAUUAAAGGUUUUUCAGUGGGCGACACUGAGAAUAGAGCGUGGUGCCAAGGAGAAGAACCAUCCAUUAUACAAGCCCUAUGUCAAUGGUAUCAUUGCGAAGGAGCCAACGUCACUGGAAGAGGAGAUCAAGGAGAUCCGCCGGAGUGGCAGUGGCAAAGCCCUGGACACCCCUGAGUUUGAGCUCUCGGAUGUCUUCUAUUUCUGCCGCAAAGGCAUCGAGACCAUCAUGGAUGAUGAAGUGACCAAGAGGUUCUCAGCUGAAGAGCUGGAGUCCUGGAACCUGCUCAGCAGGACCAACUACAACUUCCAGUAUAUCAGCCUGCGCCUCACUGUACUCUGGGGACUGGGUGUGCUCAUCCGCUACUGCUUUCUUCUGCCCCUCAGGAUAGCCCUGGCGUUUACUGGCAUCAGCUUGUUGGUGACUGGUACUACAGUGGUGGGAUAUUUGCCAAAUGGAAGGUGUAAGGAGUUCCUGAGCAAGCAUGUCCACCUGAUGUGUUACCGGAUCUGUGUGCGUGCCCUCACAGCCAUCAUCACCUACCAUGACAGAGAAAACAGACCCCGAAACGGAGGCAUCUGCGUGGCCAAUCACACAUCUCCCAUUGAUGUGAUCAUCCUGGCCAGUGAUGGCUACUACGCGAUGGUGGGUCAGAUCCACGGAGGGCUUAUGGGUGUGAUACAGAGAGCCAUGGUGAAAGCUUGCCCCCACGUCUGGUUUGAACGCUCUGAGGUCAAAGAUCGUCACCUCGUCGCCAAAAGGCUCACAGAGCACGUCCAGGACAAGAGCAAACUGCCUAUUCUUAUCUUUCCGGAAGGAACCUGCAUCAACAACACAUCUGUGAUGAUGUUCAAAAAGGGGAGCUUUGAAAUUGGAGCCACGGUUUACCCUGUAGCCAUCAAGUAUGACCCACAGUUUGGAGAUGCCUUUUGGAACAGCAGCAAGUAUGGCAUGGUAACCUACCUCCUUAGGAUGAUGACCAGCUGGGCCAUCGUCUGCAGUGUCUGGUACUUGCCCCCAAUGACCAGGCAGCCUGAAGAGGACGCUGUCCAGUUUGCCAAUCGGGUGAAGUCAGCCAUUGCCAGGCAGGGGGGCCUCGUGGAUCUGCUCUGGGAUGGAGGACUGAAGAGGGAGAAGGUGAAAGACACAUUCAAGGAGGAGCAACAGAAACUCUACAGCAAAAUGAUUGUAGGCAACCAUGAAGACCGGAGUCGCUCCUGAGCCCUCUGCCUCCAGCACUGUUACUGGGCCUGGCCAGAGCCUUCUGCCUCCAGCACGAGCCAAGUCUUGCCUGAAGCAGCUCCGAAUCUUUGGACUUUGGCUACUCCAGAGCUGCUUGGACUUGCUCCUUCAUCCUCUGGCUGUUCCUUCCCAGAGGCACUAUUACUGCCUAGAGUCUUUAGGCCCUGGGCAGCUCUUGGCAAAGAUGCCUUCUUGUUACUGUUACAGUGAAGCCCCUUGCAGGGGCAAUAUUAAAUGAAACACUUAUGGUGUCA